CCGGAGACGCGGGUACACAGAGAGAACCGGCUCCCGUCGGAGGCCGAGUGGUCGCCGCGGUCGCCCCCUCCGCGAAGUCACAGGCCGGGAGCAGACGACCCGCGUCACCGCCGAGCCGGUGGCCGGCGCCGAACCGCGGGCGCCAUGAGUCAGAGGCAAGUGCUGCAAGUGUUUGAGCAGUAUCAGAAAGCGCGGACCCAGUUCGUGCAGAUGGUGGCAGAGCUGGCGACCAGACCCCAGAACAUCGAGACGCUGCAGAAUGCCGGUGUAAUGUCUUUGCUGAGGCCUCUUCUUCUGGAUGUGGUCCCAACAAUUCAACAGACUGCUGCUUUGGCUCUGGGGAGACUGGCUAAUUACAAUGAUGACCUAGCAGAAGCAGUUGUGAAGGGUGACAUUCUUCCCCAGCUUGUUUAUUCACUGGCAGAGCAGAAUCGCUUUUACAAGAAAGCAGCUGCGUUUGUGUUACGAGCAGUUGGUAAACAUUCUCCCCAACUAGCUCAAGCGAUAGUAGAUUGUGGAGCACUGGAUACACUGGUAAUAUGCUUGGAAGAUUUUGACCCUGGAGUCAAAGAGGCUGCAGCCUGGGCCCUUGGCUAUAUUGCAAGACAUAAUGCAGAACUGUCACAAGCUGUGGUGGAUGCGGGAGCCAUCCCUCUUUUAGUGCUCUGUAUCCAGGAGCCAGAAAUUGCUUUGAAAAGGAUUGCUGCUUCCGCCCUCAGUGAUAUUGCAAAGCAUUCUCCAGAGUUAGCCCAGACUGUGGUGGAUGCAGGAGCCAUUGCUCACUUAGCCCAGAUGAUCCUGAACCCGGAUGCUAAGUUGAAGCGUCAGAUCCUUUCAGCUCUCAGUCAAAUUGCAAAGCAUUCUGUGGAUCUGGCAGAAAUGGUGGUUGAAGCAGAGAUUUUUCCAGUUGUACUUACCUGCCUGAAGGACAAAGAUGAAUACGUGAAGAAAAAUGCUUCCACUUUAAUUAGAGAGAUUGCAAAACAUACACCUGAGCUUUCACAGUUGAUAGUUAAUGCGGGCGGAGUGGCUGCGGUGAUCGAUUGCAUCGGGUCCUGCAAAGGAAACAUAAGGCUGCCAGGCAUCAUGAUGCUGGGCUAUGUGGCAGCUCAUUCUGAGAACCUGGCCAUGGCAGUCAUCAUCUCCAAGGGUGUGCCCCAGUUGUCAGUGUGCCUGUCGGAAGAGCCAGAAGAUCACAUCAAGGCGGCCGCUGCCUGGGCCCUGGGACAGAUCGGGAGAUACACCCCCGAGCACGCCCGGGCCGUCGCCGUCACCAACACUCUGCCGGUCCUGCUUUCUUUGUACAUGUGCACAGAAAGUUCCGAGGACCUUCAAGUAAAAAGUAAGAAAGCCAUAAAGAAUAUCCUACAAAAAUGCACCUAUUUACCAGCUCUUGAGCCAUUUCUGUAUGACGCUCCUCCUAAUAUUCUGAAGCAUGUGGUCGGACAGUUCAGUAAGGUGCUGCCACAUGAUAGCAAAGCACGACGACUUUUUGUAACAAGUGGUGGACUUAAAAAGGUUCAAGAGAUAAAGGCAGAACCUGGAUCUCUCCUUCAAGAAUACAUCAACAGUAUUAACAACUGCUACCCAGAAGAAAUAGUAAGGUAUUAUUCCCCUGGAUAUUCAGAUACACUUCUGCAGAGAGUGGACAGCUAUCAACCACUUAUUAACUGAGCCAAGUUACAUUUUUAUACUCGAAUUCACAGCAGAGUAGGAAUGACAGUAGUUAAAGCUCUUUCUAAGUAUUUGAAUUAAAUGCAUUCUAGAUGUAUUCAAUGUGAAAUGUCUUUGGAUAAUAUUUUCUAAAUUUGCCACUUUGAAAAUUAGUGGCUUAAAUCGAUGAGGAAUAAUUCAUGGUCUUUUGCACAGGAUUUGCUCUAAAGGUAAAAUUUAAAAUACAUUAAAGAGUCUUAAGGCA